GGGUUGAGUAUAGGAUCAUCGUAGUGUGGUGUACGACAUCGUAGCUGACAAAUAUAUCUGAGGUAUUAAUGUACACUUGAUAAAGAAAGAAACUAUCACGGCAUCAAAAUGGAAAAUUCAGAUCCGUUUGAAAUUCACAACGAACUCCUAAGUGACCUCAUUACAGAAUACUUAGAUUCAGCGAAGAAAGAAGAAAGGGAAAGAAAUUUUACAAAAUGGAAGCUGGCAUUCAGAAAUAUCAAUGACUCUCCUUAUCAUCGGGCGUGUCCAAUUUUAUGGGACCUAUAUUAUUUGGAAGACAAAAAGCAUAUUGGGAUUGGAAAAUACGAUAAACUCAGAAGUCUUCUGACUGAAAUAGGACCUGCUGGAGAUAGAAUAAACAAAGCAGAAAAAAGAAUCAAGGCGGUGACAAAAGAUCACGGAGAAAGUAAACUUGACUACCCUGUGAUCAUAGAAUUUAAAUCACGAACGAAGGAUCCUUUUUAUGGGGAUAAAGUAACCAUGCUUGCAGAAAGAUUAACAACCUCAGAUAUUGAAUGGUGCCAUGUUAAAGAAUCGGAGUCGACAACAAGGAAUCUGGACCUCAGAUUGACAAACUAUUCUGAAAGCACGAAUGAGGAGCGUAUAUCAACACUUGUUAUAAGUGAAGCUCGAUUUGAGGACUCUGGGCUGUACUAUGUAUCGAGUAAAGCGGGGGAGAGACUGAGCAAUCAAUUGUCACUAAAAGUUAAAGGAGAAAUUCCGGACGUCUUUCUAAGAGAAUCAACAACAUGCGUGUCUUUAGGAGGUACCUUGGAGCUGGAAGGUCAUGUCAUUUCUACUCCACCUGCAAAGAAAAUUUCAUUUUGGAAACUUGUCGACGGGAAGAAGGGAGUAAUAGACAUCAGCCUGGAAAAGUACACUGGAAGUACUACUGACAUCAAACGUACUCCGGUGUUGAGAAUUAAUAAACUGAAUUUCAGGGAUGAAGGCUCGUAUUGGCUUCGCGUUGAGAACGCAGUCGGAAGAGGAGAGAGUAAACACCACGAGGCUAAGUUUAACGAAGAUGAUACAACAAGAAUCACCAGGUACUUCCGAUUAAUUCAUUUGGGCGGAGAGGCACUCAAAUAUAUUCUUGAGAGGAAGGCAAAACCGUCACUGAGGAAAUAUUUGGAAGAAAACACAGAAGAAAUUAGUUUUCUGUGUUCCAGAUCACAGAUGGACCAACUUCUCAAAGGUGUAGAAAACCUGAAAGAGAUGGAUAUAUCUGUGACCUAUACACUUCUAAGAAAUAUGCCUAACCUUGAUAGACCUUCUAAAGGAUGGGGAAGCACACCCGAAGAUGACAACAUCUUACCAGCAGAUGACAUUGAAAGAAUUCGAUUACAUUACGAAUAUAUAGCACAAGGAGAUAUCCCCUCAUUAUCGCCCACUUCAUUUACAGAAAGAUGGACUGAACUCUCUAAGGCAAUACAAAGAUUGAACACAAAUGUGCUGAACCCCAAAAUAGAGGACAUCAAAGAUUUGAAGUUAGACAAAAUUGCUAUCGGCGAAAGUUUGAAAGCGCUCGAAUCAAACAGAAAAAGGGAAUUUGAUUUACAGUUCGAAAGGAAAAAUAUCCCAAUUGUUGAAAUACAAGGUCUAGAGUCAGUGAAAUACCUGAAAAGAGCCGAAUUGACAGGAAACAUCCAGUCUCCAGCUAAUAUCUCAAGAAUUGUUUGGAAAAAGCAAAAUAUUGAAAUUGAUAUUUCCGAAAAAAAGUACAGUGAGAGCCAUUGCAAUAUUGGAUCAACAGAGGCAAAACUUGUCAUCCAAAGAAUCAACAUCGAAGACAUUGGAGAAUAUCAUCUGCUUGUAGAAAAUGAAUCAGGUCGAGCAAGAAGCAACAUUCUGGCUUUGAAAAUUAAGGAAAAAAAACCAAAAUGUGAAAUUUUGGGAAAAGCACAUAGAACAUUUAUAUUGGGAGAGACAAUAACUUUACAGGGGAAAGUCAAGUCUUAUCCACAGUCAAAUGUGUUAAAAUGGCGCAAAGAGGGGAUAACAAAGUCUAAAAAGUUGAAUCUUGAUGGCGAGAAAUACAAAGGGAGCAAUAAGGAUCACCAGAAGCCUACAUUGGUUAUUAACAACAUUGGCAUCAAAGACUGUGGAAUUUACAUUCUCCAUGUUGAAAACUUGAAGGGUGAAGCAGACAGCAAUGAAAUCAAGAUUGAUAUAGAGGGAGGCAAGUUGAUAAAAUAAAGCAAACUUGAAGAAGUGAUUCAUGAUUGAGUGUUGCAAAUAGCUUACUUUAUGUUUUGAUUUAAUUUCCUGAAUUUUGGCUGUUGGUUAAAACAGACCAUACCGCUAAAUAAAUAAUGUAGGUACGAUUAUGUUCAUUACAAUUGCAGAAAGCUUUAGGACAAACAAAAUUACAUCGACUUUUCCAUCUUCAACUCCCAUAUUUUUGUAGUAAUAUUUCAAAAUCAUCAUAUGACACCUGAUCCUACCUCUGAUAUGCCCCGGGGUCCGUGUUUGUCCUCUUAAUUUUGAAAUAUUUAUAGGAUUAUGGGAAUGAUCGCUGUUCGUUACACUCUUUUGUUCAUAUUACAAAUAUUUUGUAUGGUGGACCCGAUCAACAGAGGUUGCCAACUGUUUCUAAGCACCUGUUCCAAUAUGUAAUAAUUCCAGGCACACGUGCUUGCCCUAUUCUCAGUUUGUAUUCUUUUUGGUAUUCAUAAGAUUAACUACUGUUCAUCUGCACGUUAUCAUUGUAAAAGUAUGGAAAUUGUAUGCACAGAUUUGUUUAAAGAUCAUAAAAACAAGUA